AGCAGCGCGUGAACAGCUGGCGUCCGCAUUCUCUUCUCCAGUUAAAUGUGUUCUGAAGAAUGCCUAGCUUCACUGCUGUUUUCGUACUAGUUAACCGAACACAUUGAGUUUGGAGAGUUCUUGUUACUAUGGUAUGUUUUGUAUCAGUUGCCCUCCGCGUGUUGUUUGAGAACAGCUGGAGCUAGAGCUCUAUUCGUGGUGCUGAAAGCCUCGAGCCGAGAGGAGAGCAGAGGUUCGCCCCUCCGGACCAACAUGAGGAAGAAGAGGCUCUCUGUGGCGGGCUUUCUGCUCGCCUGCAAACUAGGAAUGUUUCUCAGUGUUGGUCACUGUAAGGAAGUGGACAGUGCUGCGAAGACACGGCCGGUCCCAAUGUCUCCCUCUGACUUCCUGGACAAACUGAUGGGCAGAACAUCUGGAUAUGAUGCCAGGAUAAGACCAAAUUUUAAAGGUCCUCCAGUCAACGUGUCCUGUAACAUUUUCAUAAACAGCUUUGGCUCCAUUGCUGAAACCACCAUGGACUACCGUGUGAACAUCUUCCUCCGGCAGCAGUGGAAUGACCCCCGGCUCGCCUACGCUGAGUACCCCGAUGACUCUCUGGACCUGAACCCCUCUAUGUUAGACUCCAUAUGGAAACCAGACCUGUUCUUUGCCAAUGAGAAGGGGGCCCACUUUCACGAAGUCACUACGGAUAACAAACUGCUCCGGAUAUUUAAGAAUGGGAAUGUUUUGUACUCUAUAAGACUCACAUUAACUCUGUCAUGCCCCAUGGAUCUGAAGAACUUCCCUAUGGAUGUUCAGACCUGCAUCAUGCAGCUGGAGAGCUUUGGCUACACCAUGAACGACCUGAUCUUUGAGUGGCAGGAGAAUGGACCUGUCCAAAUUGCUGAAGGCCUUACACUGCCACAGUUCCUGCUCAAAGAUGAAUCAGACCUCAGAUACUGCACCAAGCACUACAACACAGGUAAAUUUACUUGUAUUGAAGUGCGGUUCCACCUGGAGCGUCAGAUGGGCUACUACCUGAUCCAGAUGUACAUCCCCUCUCUGCUCAUUGUCAUACUGUCCUGGGUGUCCUUCUGGAUCAACAUGGAUGCUGCCCCAGCCAGAGUGGCUCUGGGCAUCACCACAGUGCUGACCAUGACCACACAGAGCUCCGGCUCCAGGACCUCACUGCCUAAGGUCUCGUAUGUGAAGGCUAUAGACAUCUGGAUGGCAGUGUGUCUCCUGUUUGUCUUCUCUGCACUUUUGGAGUACGCUGCUGUCAACUUUGUGUCGAGACAACAUAAAGAGCUGCUGCGCUUCAGACGACCUCACAAGACAAACAGGAGCAAGAGCAGUGCAGUUGGUCCUGAGGAGCUAGCUGACUCCCUGCGUCGUGUUAAUGUUGACAACGGCCUCAAAGCAACACACACCCCCUAUGGAUCUAUGAGCAACAUCUACACCAGCAACCACAGGGAAGGGGAAGUGCAUGAGAGCAGACUGACCUCCACUCCAAGCAACAGCAAAGGCGUGAAGGCCAGCGCCAACAACACUGUGACUGCAUCGAAUACCCCCGCAGCCACAGCAAACCCUACCCAGAAUCCACCUGGAGCAGGUGGAAGGGUCAGAAGCAUUGAAGAGAUGAGGAAGUUAUUCAUCGACAGAGCCAAAAAGAUUGACACAGUGUCGAGGGCCGGCUUCCCUCUGGCCUUCCUCUUCUUCAACAUAUUCUACUGGGUCCUUUAUAAGAUCCUGCGACAUGAAGAUGUACAUAAGAGAUAAAGAAGGAAAGAGCGGAGAUUAUAUACAGUAUGUGUGCUCACACGCACGCACGCACACACACACACACACACACACACACACACACACACACACAUACACACACACACACACACACACACACACACACACACACACACACACACACACACACACACACACACACACACACACACAUCCGUAUACCACUAUGCAUAUGAGGACACUUUGUUUAAUUCCCUGUUCCUUAACCCUGCCCUUGACCACCAUUCAGGACGUCCUCUAAAAUGUCCUGAUUCUGAGGCAGUACCUCUUAUACCAGCUGUCACUAAUACUGAGUAUCCAACAGUGUGCUCUCCAGAACAUACUGCCUUAUGAGAAUACCUGAAUCCCACCCUGUCUGAAUACAGAGUCUAUAUAAAAAAACAGCGUCUCCAGUCAAAGAGCCAUUAUAAAUUCACAAGUUAAAACUAUCGCCCAUGAAGGAUGUGACCCAACUCACUCAAAAUCCUUUCUUAUAAUAUCCACAUCAUCAAUCUGUGGAGGAACGGGAGUAUUUUAAAAUGAGCAAGAGGCGAGGAAUUCAUGCAUUGAUGAAUAAGUUAUGAGGUGGCAAGAAAACUAAUUAAAAAUGAAUGUGAGUGGGAUACAAAAAGAGAGCCUUAAACCAGCAUUAUGACAUACAUAGAUGGUCAUUUUUAAACAAAGCUUGGUUUAUAGCAGAGUCAUAACACUAAAUAAGAGAACUGCUGAGACGGUUGAAUGAUCUGAUCGGUAAAGAGGGGAGGCUCUCUAUCACCUGUCCUCAUAUCUCAGCAGAUGUGAUUGAGGUGUUUCCACUGAGCACCCAGUGUGCGCCGCGCUUUGCCUUGCCUCUUGUUUAUGGGAUGGUAAAACCGUGUGUAUUUAUAGAAAUAGUAAGGACACGUAGUGCAGCUGUGUGACUGGAUGAAAUGAUGCGUUUACAGCAGGCACUCUGAGGUGCGUCUCGUCACAACACUAUGUACAGACUACUGCUGCUUCCAAAGGAAAGUGAAACAAAGGACACAACAUGGCACACAGUGGAGAAGGGUGAGCACAACUGAUCGAUUCAAAUGUCACUUCAAUUCUUCAAGUGUACAUUUACAUUUAGUGGCAUUCUCAAUGAAGGUACAUUUCCGAGUCAGUCGGGCAGUUCUCACAGGAAUCCUCAUUCGUUGGCUGAUCUGUUCCCUGUAUCACAUAUCAUGUUUGUUGGCUCACACACUUGCAGCAUCUCACAAGGCGUGUCCUUACAGAGGUGGGAAGUGUGAUCAGAAGCUACCCACACCACACAAUACAACUGAUCACUACUGAGCAGGAGCCUUAAAACAAAUAAAUCAUUGAAAAGACAAUGGGUAUACAUGUGACCAGUGAAUGCACAUGGAACUAUGGGCAGCUUCACUUAUAAAACAUCUUCAAUUACAAGAGUUCAACCUGGUGGUUUGCAUUCAGGAGUCGUUAAGACACAUCGUUAAGAUAAGGGUUUUCUCUAGUUUCUGAUGCUACUCACUAUACAGUCAGUGUUUUUGCUCAACACUUAACAAAAGCUCACUUCCCCUUUAACGUGGUUGUACUGAAGAUGCUUCCUGAAUUCAUGUUAGUGUGUAUGUUUUUAUCAAAUGUCCACUUCUUUAUUCUGAUAUUAUGACUGAGACCUCCAACACUGUGCCAGAGACCAAGGACCCCUGAGAGCAUGUGUUAUCAUGGGAUUAUCACUGUGCUCCUUUACACACCGUAAACUGAAGAUAUGGGAAGAUCACAAGUAUGAAGAAACUGUAUUACAAAAAUCGGCUAUGAUAAAACACUGCUCAAGAGUCUACUUCAUGUAGAACAGACUGCAGAUGGAGAACACGGCUCAAGAGUCUACUUCAUGUAGAACAGACUGCAGAUGGAGAACACGGAUCAAGAGUCUACUUCAUGUAGAACAGACUGCAGAUGGAGAACACGGCUCAAGAGUCUACUUCAUGUAGAACAGACUGCAGAUGGAGAACACGGCUCAAGAGUCUACUUCAUGUAGAACAGACUGCAGAUGGAGAACACGGCUCAAGAGUCUACUUCAUGUAGAACAGACUGCAGAUGGAGAACACGGCUCAAGAGUCUACUUCAUGUAGAACAGACUGCAGAUGGAGAACACGGCUCAAGAGUCUACUUCAUGUAGAACAGACUGCAGAUGGAGAACACGGCUCAAGAGUCUACUUCAUGUAGAACAGACUGCAGAUGGAGAACACGGCUCAAGAGUCUACUUCAUGUAGAACAGACUGCAGAUGGAGAACACGGCUCAAGAGUCUACUUCAUGUAGAACAGACUGCAGAUGGAGAACACGGAUCAAGAGUCUACUUCAUGUAGAACAGACUGCAGAUGGAGAACACGGAUCAAGAGUCUACUUCAUGUAGAACAGACUGCAGAUGAAGAACACGGCUCAAGAGUCUACUUCAUGUAGAACAGACUGCAGAUGGAGAACACGGCUCAAGAGUCUACUUCAUGUAGAACAGACUGCAGAUGGAGAACACGGCUCAAGAGUCUACUUCAUGUAGAACAGACUGCAGAUGGAGAACACGGAUCAAGAGUCUACUUCAUGUAGAACAGACUGCAGAUGGAGAACACGGCUCAAGAGUCUACUUCAUGUAGAACAGACUGCAGAUGGAGAACACGGCUCAAGAGUCUACUUCAUGUAGAACAGACUGCAGAUGGAGAACACGGAUCAAGAGUCUACUUCAUGUAGAACAGACUGCAGAUGGAGAACACGGCUCAAGAGUCUACUUCAUGUAGAACAGACUGCAGAUGGAGAACACGGCUCAAAGAAAUGUGAAACAUAAGGAACAGCAACAGCACACUCACACACGCAUGGGCUUCACACUGUUUUGCCUACUCGUGUCUUACAGUUCAGCAGCCUGUGUCCCCCACUUGCAGCCUCUCCUCAGCCUCUCAGGGACCACCAGAGCCCACACUGCACACGACUGUCUUCAUGCUAUCAGACAGAGAGAGGGACUAUUCUCACUGUGACUGCUGUUUCCAGUUCACACUCAUAUCACACCCAGCUCCUUCUGACUGCAGGUGCCUCAGAACCUUCAAAGUGUUCCUACUGUUCAGAGAAACACAAUCCCUGCUGUGUGUGUUGGCAGAUAAACACAGUAGUUAUGUCAGUGUGUGUGAUCAGCCUAAUCUACUUUAUCUUGGUUUCAUUUUCAAGUCAGCCAAUGCAGGAUUAAAAACAAAUAUUUCAAAGGACGUGAUAACAAAGUCAACCCACAAACUGAAACAUGUGAUUCAACAAGCUGUUCAGAUGUGGUUCCACUUCCUAUUUCAUAUUCCCCUCCCCCCCAGCUUGAAUACUACCGUUGCAAUAUUCUCUUGCAAGCCAAUCAGAGCAGACUGGGGUUUCCAGAUGGGGGCUUAAAGAGACAGGCUCUAAUUUCAGAAAGGGGGGGGGGGGUUAAAAACAGGUUUGUUCAAGCAGACGAGAACAAAUGUGUUUCUAAAGAAUGUGAACAUGUAGCAGAUACACCCAAAAUGUACAAGUUUGCAAGUAUGUGCUUCUUUAAACAGGCCUCAUUUAACACGUCCCAUGUGCCGGCGUAGAAAGAAGUGUAAUGGGCAGGAAAUGUCAGCAUGGGGAGGACAAGUGUUGUUUGGGAUGCAAAGUGUCCCUUAAAGUCAAUAUUGGUCUGCAAUUGGUGGGAUUGAAAAUAACUUGGUAAACAAUAUUUGAGUCUGUUGCCAAACUAUUGUUGCUUUCUGAAAUGUUGACCUUUAGAGUACACACUCUUUCUUGGAAUUUCAUUGUGUUUCUAGGAAACAACUUGGCUCUGACUUGUAUUCCUGAUUCCUGCCAGCUGUUAACAUCAGACAGUGGAGCUCUGCACAGCUCUCUGUGUGCUUUGGUUUCUACUGCUUUACAUCUAUUCCACUCAAACCAGGUGGUACAGUGAGCACACUUCCUACAAAUCAUCAACUUUCCUGCCAACUUGCUCAUGGCAUACCAUAGUAUUAGAGUGGAUCAGUUCAAAGUGCUGUUCAGUGUGACUGCAGAGCUGUUAUACUUGCUUGAGAUUUGCCACAUGAGAUCAUGGUGAUAAGACUUCUCUUGCAGAGACCGUUGAUGUACAUACUCUCGGGAAUCAAUGGAACAUGUUGACUGCCUGCAUUCAGCGCUGUAAAAGCUGAUGGUGAAGCAUACAGAACGUGCAAGCUAAUAUAUGUAACAUAGUCCUGUAUGAAUCAUUGAACUAUAGUCACUUGUUAAUGUGUGUGCACUGAUCCAGGAUCUGCAGUUCCUGAAGCCCUAUGCUCAGUGCGGGGCCGCUGCACUGGGGCCUCCCAUGUUCUGACAAGAACCAGAGUGUAAAGGAGCAUUCUGGUGUUUUUGCAUGAUUUACCUUAUUUACUAUUUCACAUUAUUUCAACUUCUUGCUGUUUUUCUUCAUUGAGACAUUUCUGUCGUCAGGCUAUCUACCAAGGAUUUAUGUUUGUUGAUAUAUACUGUAUAUCAUUUGCAUCUAUGUUUCAAAUGUAAUGCUCACUGAUUUUGCUUGGUGGUAAAUAACAACAUUAACACCUACUAGCUGGUUUUGGAGAUCGGCUGCCUCUCUAUUAGCUGAGUUCUACAAAGAGAGACGUUUAGAAUUUGAACUAAUAUUAUAUCAGUCAUAAACGUUGUGGACUCACAGUGAGUCUGAUUGAGUGUUUUUGCUGAUGUUGGUGAGAGAUGAACCAGAAAAGCAGAACACUUUCAUUUGUAAUAUGCUUUCUUUGUGUUUUCAUAGAGGCAGUGGAGUGUUGUGCUGAAGCUGCCGCUCCAUCAGUUUCCCUCACAGGGCUCACUGUGUGGAAAAGCAGUAGACGCUCAAACAUCUCACAGUCUGUGACAUGGCUUUUGAAUUGAACAUGAGUUGUGUUUCUGCUUGUAUUGUGUUGCAAGUGUGUGGAGAGUAUUUAGUGUAAUGAUUGUGCUCAGGCUGUCAGGACUUUCUCCUUUCAAGUCAGAGGUGGAUUUCAUCAAACUGACAAACAAAAUGUAUUUCGUUGUUGGAAGUUUCUGUCAGAAUUAAAUGUUUUUAAACACGACCAAUAAGUAAUGAUAUACUGUAUGCUUGUUAUGCUUCUGGGUUUAAUUGUGGAAAACAGGCAACCAAGAGUACAGAGUUGAGAGCACACAUGCUACUUUUUGUAAAAUAAGA